AUGGUCAGUGGAAGCCCCCAGGAGAUCAUGAAAAAGGCACUUCAACCACUUCCAGACAGAGAGGUGUCACUAGAGAGCUGGAACUUCCACCCCUGCCCAACAGCCCAGGAGCCACUACGGGCGACACGGAGCCACCAGUGCUGGAGGGGGAGCCGUGGGUGCGGGGCAGCGUGGGGGCAGAGGCCCCGGGACGCCCGCCCGGCCCCAGGCCCCGCUCCGCUCGGGCGCCCCCACGGGUGCCCCCCCCUUCCUGGUCGGAGCAGUGUGAGUGUGCCCCGGGAACCCUGGCGGCGGCGGUGGAGGCGGCGGCGGCGGCCGGCGGCGGCGGCGGCGGCGGCUGGCCGCAGCGGCAGCGGCGGGCAGCGUGGAAACCCGGCGUUGGGCUGGGGGGGUUCGGGCCGCGGGGGGGCAGUGCCAUGGCACAAGCACCAGCACUGCUGUAAGUGCCCCGAGUGCAACAAGGUGACCCGCCUGGCCGCCCUGCGGCGCCUUGAGCCUCCGGGCUACGGGGACUGGCAGGUGCCAGACCCCUAUGGGCCAGGUGGGGGAAAUGGAGCCAGUACGGCAUAUGGGGGCUACAGCUCGCAGACCCCUCCUUCGCAGGCGGGGGCCACCCCCACCCCACGCACCAAGGCCAAGCUCAUCCCCACCGGCCGGGAUGUGGGGCCAGUAACCCCUAAGCCAGUCCCAGGCAAGAGCACUCCCAAACUCAACGGCAGCGGCCCCAGUUGGUGGCCUGAGUGCACCUGUACCAACCGGGACUGGUAUGAGCAGGCCAGCUCCGCACCCCUCCUAGUGAACCACAAGGCCCUGGAGCCCAGUCUCUCCUUGAGUGUAAAUGGCAGCGAUGGCAUGUUCAAGUAUGAGGAGAUAGUGCUGGAGCGGGGCAAUUCCGGCCUGGGCUUCAGCAUCGCAGGUGGCAUUGACAAUCCCCAUGUCCCUGAUGACCCUGGCAUCUUCAUUACCAAGAUCAUUCCUGGUGGAGCAGCUGCCAUGGACGGGAGGCUAGGGGUGAAUGACUGUGUGCUGCGGGUGAAUGAGGUGGACGUGUCAGAGGUGGUGCACAGCCGAGCUGUGGAGGCGCUGAAGGAGGCGGGCCCUGUGGUGCGGUUGGUGGUGCGGAGGCGACAACCCCCACCUGAGACCAUCAUGGAGGUCAACCUGCUCAAAGGGCCCAAAGGCCUGGGUUUCAGCAUUGCUGGGGGCAUUGGCAACCAGCACAUCCCAGGAGACAACAGCAUCUACAUCACCAAGAUCAUUGAGGGGGGUGCUGCUCAGAAGGAUGGCCGCCUACAGAUCGGGGACCGGCUGCUGGCGGUGAACAACACCAAUCUGCAGGAUGUGAGGCAUGAGGAAGCUGUGGCCUCACUGAAGAACACCUCUGAUAUGGUCUAUCUGAAGGUGGCCAAGCCAGGCAGCCUUCACCUCAACGACAUGUACGCACCCCCUGACUACGCCAGCACUUUUACUGCCUUGGCUGACAACCACAUAAGCCAUAAUUCCAGCCUGGGUUAUCUGGGGGCUGUGGAGAGCAAGGUCAGCUACCCUGCUCCUCCUCAGGUUCCCCCCGCCCGCUACUCUCCAAUUCCCAGGCACAUGCUGGCUGAGGAGGACUUCACCAGAGAGCCCCGCAAGAUCAUCCUGCACAAGGGCUCCACAGGCCUGGGCUUCAACAUCGUGGGAGGAGAGGAUGGAGAAGGCAUUUUUGUCUCCUUCAUCCUGGCAGGAGGCCCAGCUGACCUGAGUGGGGAGCUGCGCAGGGGAGACCGGAUCUUAUCGGUGAAUGGCGUCAACCUGAGGAAUGCAACUCAUGAGCAGGCUGCAGCUGCUCUGAAACGGGCUGGCCAGUCAGUCACCAUUGUGGCCCAGUACAGACCGGAAGAGUACAGUCGCUUUGAAUCGAAGAUACAUGACUUGCGAGAACAAAUGAUGAACAGCAGCAUGAGCUCUGGGUCUGGGUCCCUCCGAACAAGUGAGAAGAGGUCCUUGUAUGUCAGGGCCCUGUUUGAUUAUGACCGGACACGGGACAGUUGCCUGCCAAGCCAGGGGCUCAGCUUCUCCUAUGGUGACAUUCUGCAUGUUAUUAAUGCCUCUGAUGAUGAGUGGUGGCAGGCAAGACUGGUGACCCCACAUGGAGAAAGCGAGCAAAUCGGUGUGAUCCCCAGUAAGAAGAGGGUGGAAAAGAAAGAAAGAGCUCGAUUGAAAACCGUGAAGUUCCAUGCCAGGACGGGCAUGAUUGAGUCUAAUAGGUCGAUCAAAACGAAACGUAAAAAGAGUUUCCGCCUCUCUCGAAAGUUCCCAUUUUACAAGAGCAAAGAAAACAUGGCCCAGGAGAGCAGCAUACAGGAACAGGGAGUGACAUCCAACACCAGUGACAGCGAAAGCAGCUCCAGUAAGUGUGUGUCAUUCUCCCCCAUGUUGUGUUGCUCCACCAUGUGUCCCAGCCACCCUCAUUCCAGCAUCACAAGGCUGAGAAGUAGGCAAGACAAACUUCUUCCCACCUGCUUUCCCCACUCAUCUUGCCACUGGAGUGGCCUCAGCACCCAGGUGAGAGAGGAGCCUGUCAUUCUCCUUGGGCUGCCCAGCAUUUUCUUUCUUCCUUCAGAUACUACGCGGCCUAGGCGUGAGAAUGAGGUGGAUGGGCAGGAUUACCACUUUGUAUCUCGAGAACAAAUGGAGAAGGACAUUCAGGACAACAAGUUCAUCGAGGCAGGCCAAUUCAAUGAUAAUCUCUACGGGACCAGCAUCCAGUCCGUGCGGGCAGUUGCAGAGAGGGGCAAGCACUGCAUCUUAGAUGUUUCUGGCAAUGCUAUCAAGAGGCUGCAGCAAGCACAACUUUACCCCAUUGCCAUUUUCAUCAAGCCCAAGUCCAUUGAAGCACUUAUGGAAAUGAACCGACGGCAGACAUACGAACAAGCAAAUAAGAUCUAUGACAAAGCCAUGAAGCUGGAUCAGGAGUUUGGAGAGUACUUCACAGCCAUUGUACAGGGUGACUCACUGGAAGAGAUUUAUAACAAAAUCAAGCAAAUCAUUGAGGACCAGUCUGGGCACUACAUUUGGGUCCCAUCCCCUGAAAAACUCUGAAGAAGCCCCUCCAUCCUUUCUCUUGUGAACAGAAGAAGUCAAGCCCCUCUUCCCUCCUCCCUCUUCAUUCCUGACCCCAUGGGGAGAACAAAUGACUACUGUUCUUGUCCCCUUUUUUAGAUAUGUCAAAAAAAAUUGAGUUUUCUAGUCCUGUUCUGUUUUUU